AUGCUCCACUGGAUGGUUGGAUUGAAUCAAUAUGGGUAUGUUGCGAUUAUUAAAAAGCAUAUUGAAGACCUUUUGAGGGAGCUUAACGAGGAUGCCUCACAGCUCUCAGAUGCCCUCGAGGUCACUGGGGAUCCCACUCAGCUGACCGCUUCCCAUAUCUCCAACACUCUGACACAGGCGUGUCUCUACUCUGCCAGCGUUCUCCACAGGAUUAGGUAUAAAGACAUUUCGACAGCUGUUUCAACCCUUGACUUCAGCUCAGAAUAUUCCAAGCUUUAUUAUUCCAUCGACCCCGCCUGCCUCCUCUGCCAGCUGCGGGACUACGUCUACGCCUGCUGCCACCAGUUGGCGUUCCUAAGGUCACAGUGUAAUCGUAACACCAAGGAUGGCGGUUGGCAGGAUCGUCAUUACGGCAGUGAUGUAUCAUCUCCCAAGUCCCCCCUCCAGGACUUCCUGACUGACGCCUCGGACUCCAAGUUCGAGACGCAUCCCUUCGACCCCUGCAACAUCUGCCUCAAGAGCCGUGUCAACAUGGGAUUCACAAAGGAUGAUUUGCCUACACCUAACGAAACUGGCAGCCAUAUUCACACCAUCCUCACUCCCAGCUGCGGCGGCGACGAUCCCUUGCUGACAUUGACCUCUUACCUCACCUGCAUCACCAGCCGGACGCCGCGCACCACCGGGGAGCUUGUGUCUUUCUUCCACAAUUUCGGCAAUUCACUAUACAAGCCUCAUCCACACUUGUCCCAACUAGGCUCCGCCCUCUCCAAGCCACAUCCUCACUGCCCCGACUGGGACCACCUUGCUGCCGACGACCUCCAAGCUAUCAGGGACGCACGGGGCUCCGCCACUCCCACCUCCAACCACAUCCACGACAAGGACCAUCCCAAGACCCUGUCCACGCUACUUGGCUGUGGCAUCACCAAUGCACAGUGCCCACCGCAUGUUUCGUCCACCACCUACCGGGCCUACGCCCUGUACUCUUCCAGCUUCGCGCACGCCUACCUCAGCUGGGCGGUCUACCUGGCAGACAGACUGUGGGAGUCAUUGCUCAAGCUGCACUAUGAUCUCGAGAACCUUCAAUGUCACGACUCCAAGUCCAAGCCCCUCCACCAGUGUACCAAGGCCCUGCCGCUGCUCUACUCUCACGGCAUCACGCCGCCAGACGGGACAGUGCAGUCCUCACUCACGUGUUCGGCUGCCGUCACCAAGCUGGGAGAUGUGGUCGCCGGAAAGCCUAUCGCAAGCCUCAUGACCGCCAUGGACGAGUUCCUAUACCGCAUCCGUGCGCCCUUCCUCUACACCAUCACAGCACUCUGGCUCAUCGCCACGCUCUACAUCCUCCACUCACUCCUCUACCGCAUGGACGUCCUGCGCAUCCGCUCCCACCUCCUCACCACCAGGGCCUCACACCUCAUCGACGUCAAGGCGCUGCUCGCCGGCAGCCGCAGGAUGCUCUCACUCUACAAAGACGUCGACUACUUCGACGAUGACCUUCACUCAUGA